AUGGACUGGCUGAAGAAGAAGAAGGAGGCGGCGCAGCAGGCGGCUGCAAAGAUCUCCAACAAGCGCACGGCCUUCCGCGGAGAGGGAAACGUCCUGGGAGGUGGAGAUGGGUCUGCUGCUGCUGAUCCAGCACCCACCGCGUCUAGACGGCCGUCCAUCAAGCUACCGUUUACAAACCAAAAGCCCCUUGCUCUUUCCGCUGAGGAGCAACAGAAGCGGCGUGAACUGCAGGCCAAGGCGCUGGAGCAACGCGGAAAUGCGUGGGAGAAGCGUGUGGCCAAUGGACGCAAAGCGAGACUGCAGCAGGAAGAGGAGCUCGAGAAUAAGUUCCAGUACACGGAGGCUUCAUCUUCGACUGCAGAGGCAUCACCUUCAGGUCCACCGCCCGUCGUGCUUUCCAAUGAGCAAGUGAAGGCGCGUGAGCUGCAAAAUGUACACCAGCAGAUGGGGUUUAAUCCGUACGCAGCGACGUUCUCGUCCUCUACACAGGCGGUGUCUGCCAUGAAUUCUAUUGGACGGGGAUCGACUGCUCCUCCGUCUGCCCCGAAUGGCGAUGCUGUACCACCUCCGGCUCCGUUCUCAGCAAUCCCUCCAGUAGCAGCGCCAAGUGUUGUGUCCAGCAGCCCAGUAACUGAAGAGAACGGUGCUGUGUACGUGCUGCUGCGGCAAGACCCGCCACGCGCUAUCACGGCGGCGGAAACGCUGAUCAAGAUGCUGACCAACGUCGCGAAGAACCCACAGGAAGAAAAGUUCCGCAAAAUCCGGCUAUCGAAUGCCGCCAUUCAGUCCAAGCUGGUGUCGGUGCCUGGAGCUGUUGAUAUUUUGGCAGAAGCCGGUUUCUUGAGGGUCGAGCUUGAUGGUGAAGGCUAUUUAAUGCUGACUGCAGAUGCGUUCCAGGCUGAGCGUGUGCAGGCCGCAAUUGACCGCACGGAAGUGGCGCUGAUUCAGCUCCAGCAUGAUUCCGCGUAG